AUGACUAUCCAUUGCGACGAACCACUUCCUCUUGUUCAUGGAGUAUGCCGAGAUCGUUUCAGAGUUCCUCCGGGUGAAUGUAGCUUUAAGCGCCAAUAUGCUCAGUUAUAUGUAUCUCGGCUUUCGGCUGCCCGCCCUCAUCUUGUGCGAGCUUCAUUCGAGGCAUGGGGUGCCAUAAAAGAGAGCGAAGACAUACAAAAUAUAAGUCCAGUUAAGUCCCCAUCUAAGGCUCUAAAAAGAAUGAGGCCAGCCAUACACAAUCUGGCAUUUCUAAAUUUGGGAGAAACCUGCGUGAUUAUUGGUAUUUUGUACAAGGUAGGCAUUGCCGCCGUUAAUUUUUUAAUGCCGUGA